AUGCAGCCCCCCGCCCCCUUCAGAUUCCUAAACACCGGCAAAACCAUCACCAUACCAUGGACCCACCACAACGACUUUUGCGAAAGCCUUAGUUACGCAGCUGCAAGAAUCGAUCAUCAUACCACAAUAGGCGAUGACUGCAAGAACAUGAUGAUACCCCAUUUCAAGCUUGUGUACGACCAGCACGUCCUCGAGAAUAUGCACGCCAAUACUCUCCUUCGAGACUUGAACCCUGACCUUUUCAUGGAUCGCCAACAAGCCCUCCACUGGGACUCUGCCUUCCCCCAGGACAGUUUCCACUUUUACGUCGAUUCCAAGACCACAAAGGUCUACUCGACCAUCUGGCACGGGAUGAAGUGUAUUCAACGGCCUCUGGAGGACCUACAGCCCAUUGAAGGGGGCGAUCUCGCGAUGAACCGGACGCACGAGGACAGAAUGAUCAUCGGCAAAGUCAUUACGCCUGUAAAGUCCGGGUUAUGCCUCAGCUUCUACAUCGAAGACCCCUCCGGCGCUACAUUUCCCGUUCUCAUCAACUACCCCACUCCAAUUCCCCAUUUCUCCCUCUCUCUCGCCCAAACUCUCGCCAACCUCUACCCUCUCGGCUCAAUCCUGGCUAUCAAGUCUCCCCGCAUCGGCUUCAACGCCAACGGAGGGUACGCCAUCAAGGUCAAUAUGCCUCAAGAGAUCGAGGAGCUCCGUCCAAAUGAUACGCUGCUCCGAGAAGUCAAGUGGAAGGUUGGGCUGAAGGAGGAAUCGCCGAAGGGAUGGAUGACGUACAGAAGGCAGGGUAGUGAAGCGAUGGGGAAACAGAACCCUCUGGUCGCUCUCCGUUUCUAUUCCCUCGGCUUGUCCGACCCCGACGUCAAGAACACUCCCUUCAAAACCUUCGCGCUGCUUCUCGAGCGCGCCGAGGUAUACGAUACUCUUCAUCUUCACGGCUACGCCUAUCGCGAUGCUCAUCGAGCUCGAGAGUCUAUCGAAAACAACGACAUCCCCCUCACUCCAGGCCAGAACGAUCGCCUUUGUCUCCGUCUCGCCAAAGCUGCCCUUGGCCUUCGUCUCUACAAGACCGCGCUUCAAGCCUUCGAGCAGGCGUCACCCAGAUCGUUCCUCUCGCUUGAGCUCAAGAAGGUCAGGGAAAAGGUGGAGAUGAGGAUGAACGAGAAACAGUCAGGCGCAUACGACUGGCUUGCCAUCUUUCGCGAAUCGCUGGAGGCAGGAUCCCUCGUCGAGCUGGAUAUCCCCGACUACACCUCCCCCGCUUGCAAAGUCGACCAGAUCCCCGGAAGCGGCCGAGGCGUCCUCGCUACCCGCGAUAUCAUUCCCGGCGAACUCAUCAUGGUCAGCAAAGCCAUCGCCCCUUCUCGAACGCAGCUCGACGCUCCCAACGUGUAUAUCAACUGCUACGACGCCGAGUCAAAGAGCCAUGUAUACCAUACGACCUACAUGUGGGUUUAUCGUUUGUUGCACAGGAUAUACGACGACCCAUCUCUCGUCACCGUGCUUGAAGGCUUUUCCUCUUCUGGCAAGGUUCCUUCUCCAGAACAACUUCCCCAAUUCGAAGACGAAGACGCCCGUCUGAAGCUCAUUUUCGCUACCGUGCCCUCCGACUUGAGCCUCAACACGUUCCGGCAGAUCUCGAAGACAAAUGCCUUCGGCGGAUGGUCUGUCCCUGCCAGGGGCGCCGGAUUUGAUAAGGGUGUGAACGAUGAAGCGGCGCUGAAGAUUAGCAAGGAGGUGGGGGUAUGUUUGCACGGGAUGCCUGCGUUGAUCAAUCACUCUUGUUGGCCGAACAUGACAGGAUGCUGGUAUGGCGACAUGAUGAUCCUUCGAGCCAGCAAACACAUAUCCGCCGGCGACCAGCUCUUCAUGUCGUACAAUCGAGAUGAGCCCUCUUACACCAGACGACAACCUACUCUGGUCAACUGGGAUUUCGAGUGCACCUGUUACCUUUGUCAAGCCGACACCCGCCCCCAAGAAGAUCCCGAUACGAGGGCUGAAUUGACGAAGAAGAAUGUCUCGCUACUUUUCUCGAACCCUUCCGAGGCCGGCAGUCAAUGGACAGUCGCAUCCAGAGCGAAACAUUUGCGCGAUGCGGAAAGGUUGGAAGGCUUGGUGGUGGAGAUGGGGAACACUUACGCACCAGGAAGACCUCAGCGGACCAAGGGGGAGCUGGCAAGGAUCUACAGCAGGCUGGGGAGAAGCUAUUUCCUCGCGGCAGAGCCGGUAAAGACCGAAGCCGCGAUUCUCAACUUUCUCACGUGCGCUGGCGUCUCGCUUACGACACGGGAACAAGAACGUCGAAUUGGAAGGAAGCUUUACGAGAGCCAUUAUUUGGAAGAUGAAGUGAUUCUGGGUAUGAUCAUGUUGGCUGUCGUCAAGGGGGCGAAGGACAUGCUACAGGCUAAUAAGUGGGCACAGGCUGCUCUAUGGAUUCACAACGUGCGAUACGGCGGGGGUGUGGCAUUGUUCAAUGAACGCUAUAACGACCAUCUACUCUCUCAUUUUCCCGUCAAGUUUGACCUUGGGGAAUGAUCCCAUGUUUAUAUAGUUGAGUAGUUUAUGCGCCG